UUUAGGUUGGAAAGAUAUUUGAGUUGCUUAAUUGUGAUCGACACAAAGGUCUAAUGAAAAAAUUCAAAAGAGAUCUGGCCAAAUGUCGUCCUGACAUCACACAUCAGUGCCUGUUGAUGCUCAUGGACAGCCCACUCAAUAGAGCUGGACUUCUGCAAGUUUUCGUUCGCACUGAGCAAAACGUCCUCAUACAGAUUAAUCCACAAACUAGAAUCCCCCGUACAUUUGACAGAUUCUGUGGACUAAUGGUUCAGUUGCUUCACAAGCUGUCUAUUCAUGCUGCAGAUGGACCUCAGAAGUUACUGAAGGUAAUUAAGAACCCAGUUACGCAACACCUUCCGACUGGAGUGAAGAAGAUUUGCCUGACAUACAGUACUGAUAGAUGUGUACAGCCUAGAGAGUUGGCGCCGAGUGACAAGCCCGUAGUGCUCGUUAUAGGUGCAAUGGCACAUGGGAAGGUUGAGGUUGACUACACAGAGGAAGAUGUAUCGAUAAGCCAAUACCCACUCUCUGCAGCCCUCACAUGCGCCAAAGUGUGUUCAGCCUUUGAAGAACAGUGGGGAAUCUUAUAACAACAUGGCACUGAGGAAACAAGAACAUUUGUCUAUCAUGGCUAUUUAUGCAUCGUGACAAUUAAGUUUCCUUUUUAUUGUGUGAUUGAGGGUCAGUAUAAAACCUGUAUAUUAGACAGAGUAUGUAUUUUAGACAGAAAAAAUUUGUUUGUCGAAAUUAUAUUUUGGCAGCAGAUGGAAAACACAAAUUCGGUUGAUUCUUUAAUAUUUUUGCCUGAAACCAAUGACUAAUGUAUCCUUAUCAAUUUUGGCACAUCAUCUUUUGAGGCAGUGUAUGUUUUACAAAAUAGAACUUUGGUCUUUACCAUGGCAAUGAAUGUCAGAUUUUACAUUACAUUUACCUUGUUUUUCAUCAGUUUUCAAUCGUGAGUCAACUUAUAAGUCGGGUUUGCUCACUGAUCAGUUGUUCAAUGUCACUGGUCCAUUCAUUACCACCCUUUCACGGUCUCAUGUGUUACAAAGUUACACAGCCAGGUAGACGUUAGAAUGAGUCUAGUACCCCGGUACAGGGACCACAAAUUCAAUGUUCGUAAAUCUCUUUAUACACGUGUGUAUUCUUGCAGGCUGGUUUAUAAAUAAAGUAAUUUAUUUUAGCUGUAA